GCGAGGCUCGGCCCCGCUGUGAGGCUUCGGCGGCGUGUCCCUCUGCGCCUCCGUGUCCUCAGAAUUCUAGCAGCCCACGUUGGGUCCAGGACACAGUGUGUGAAACGCUUUCACCCCCUUCUUCCCGCUCCGCUUCUUUCCUUCCUUUCCCUUCCGUCUUUCUGUACCAUCCAGGUCAGAACUGACUUAAGAAGCAUUCAGAAGCCAAGUCAUGGAUCCACCUGCACGUAAAGAAAAGUCCAAAGUUAAAGAACCUGUCAGCAGAGUUGAGAAGGCGAAGCAAAAAUCAGCCCAGCAGGAGCUGAAGCAAAGACAAAGAGCGGAGAUUUAUGCUCUCAACAGAGUCAUGACCGAACUGGAGCAGCAGCAGUUUGAUGAGUUCUGCAAACAGAUGCAGCCUCCUGGAGAGUGAGCCACCCAUGUGGCAAGCGCAGUGGGGCCCCGAGGCCCUGAGUCAUGGUCUGUGAGCUCAGUACCAGUUUUAAGCUGAGAUGGCCCAUUCAGAGCCUGACAGAACCUGGCAAGAAGGCUUUUGUGUUAUCCCUAAAACUGGAUAAAUCUGAACUUCCCGUAUGUAACUUCGGCUUCCCUGGUUCCUCUGAUUUGAAUUGGCCCAGUGCUUACUAAAGAGACCUGUUUUAUUCUUCUAAGACAAUAUUCUUUUUUUAAAAAACCUUUUCUAUUGUUUGAGAAAAAUCAUUGUUUCUUGUGAAACUGUAAAUCUCCAAAAAUACAAAUAAAAUGUGCAUUUGCUCAUA